AUGGGACGCUGGACGCAAUACGACGAGGACGAGUACCGCCUUCCCCCAGGUGUGAGAAGGACUGGUUAUGAUGCUGAUACGGGGGAAUACUUUUUUAGUGGGGGUUACAAGUCGCUUCCUUACUCCGAAUAUGGACCUCUCAUUCCAGUGGGUACCACUCAUACUAAACCUAAACAAGCGACAACGAUAGUCUCCGAAUUUUUAUCACCAAAGGCAGAGCGGGCGAGUACAUCGAGACUGCGAUCAGCCACGGCGGUACGUGGGUUGUGGGAACGCUAUAAGCACAGAGAGCGUAGAGAUCCUGUGGUAUCGCCGACAGAAGAAUGGGAGUCGUCGUCCGAAGAAGAAGAACCUUCAAAGGACGGUAAAGUGACGGUGACACCCCCAGUUACACUCACAAUGCUGUCGAAACUCCAUCGCGAUAAGCCCACGCCGGGUGGACUUGAGCAAACAGAGCCACAAUUCACAUUGCCAAUAUACGACAAAUUUUCAAGCCGGAGCAACAGCUUGUCCGCUGUAUCUAGGACAGGCAGUAAUGUCUCUUCGUCUUCUUCAUCACGACAUACGAGAUCGGUCACCACACCAGAGGUAUCUCGCCGGGUAGACGGUAACCGAGAUGGGGCGGAAGACAAAGGUGGAACUCGCCAGUAUCGGAGCCUAGGGGUUACUAGUACUUCCCCUACGCGGAAGGCUUUGGGCUCGCAUGAAAGCCCCCCCUCCCAUCGCGAAUCUAGUUCCUCUUCAAUGAACGCUACAAUUGGCUCGGGAUCUCGCAUACCUUCCUUUAUUACUGAAUCAGAUCUUCCACCUCCACCCCUCCCAGCGAAAGAUUGCCAUUCCCGAGUCACUUCACUAUCUUCUUCCGAUGUACGCGAGUCGUGGUCGACGGAAGGUGGGUCCUUGAGCUCCCUACCGUAUUUGGGGGUUUCCUCUUAG